AUGGAUGUUGACUCGAAACCACUCAGUUCACAAGACAACGUCAGAGAUUGCAUGAUGACUGGUGUGGAAGAAAAUGUUAACUGCACUUGUGAUUGCGGUGGCAGCAGUAGUAAGUGUGUGUCUGUGACGGCCGGUGAUAUUAUAAACCAGACCUUUGAAAUAUCGGAUGCAACGUAUAACUUGUAUGUACGUUAUGUGAGGUGUCUAGAGUUUGGAGUUCGUAAGGGUGAUACAGCACGUGGAAAAGAUGGAACACGGUGCAGAAGGAGGUUUUUUUGUAGCAAGGAAGGAAAGAGAGCCGAGAAAUACAUAUCUAGUUUGAGUAGGAAGAGGGAGCAUAGAGCGCUGACUCGCACUAGUUGUGAAGCCAUGCUUGCGGUGUAUCUUGACAUUAAAACUUUGACUUGGAGGGUUAAAAAAUUAGUCGAGAAGCACAACCACGAUCUUGUCCGACAAUGCUUGGUACACCUAAUUCCAAACUACCGAGAGUUGACUAAGCCACAAAAAGCUCAGGCGAAUACCAUGCAUGAUCAUGGUCUUUCAACCUCUAAAAUAAUGGGACUAAUGGUAGUCCAAGUUCACAAAAAGGACCUAGAUAAUCACUUUCAAAGAACUCGUUGUGCAAAGCUCAUUGGUGGGGAUUCCAAUGCGACUAUUAGCUAUCUACUUGGGAAAGCAGAUGUCGACUCGAUGGCCAUGGCAAGGUACAAUGCUACUGAUGAAAGUCGGCUGGCAAAUUUAUUUUGGGUAGAUGGCAUUUGUAGGUCCGAUUAUCAGUGCUUUGGAGAUGUGCUUGUAUUCGAUACAACCUACUGGAAGAAUAAGUACAGAAGGCCAUUGGUAAUCUUCUCAGGUUGUAACCAUUACCGCCAAACAUGUAUAUUUAGUUUUGCCUUGGUAGAGGAUGAACGGACGGCAACAUAUACGUGGUUGUUGCAAAACUUUCUAGAAGUCAUGUUAAACAAGUAUCCCAGUGUUGUGGUCACAGACGGUGACAAAGUAAUGAAGACAGCAAUUCGAGAAAUCUUUCCAAAUGCAACUCACCGAUUAUGUGGUUGGCACAUUCAGAAGAAUAGAAAAAGUUGGGCAAGCGCUUACUUGAGGGAUAAAUUCUGUGCUGAAUUUAUAACAACAUCAAGGUGUGAGGCGAUAAACAAUUUCAUCAAGAGAUUUAUUUGCAUUCGCCAAAGUCUUCUAGAGUUAGUCCAAAAUCUUGAACAUGCUCUUUGGGACUAUAGAAACAACAAAUUAGUUUCUCAAUUUAAGACCCUGUAUGGGGAGCCCGUUCUAACUACUGGGUUAGAAGCAUUAGAGCUUUCUACUACCAAUUUUUACACAAGGGAGAUUCUUGGAGAAGUAAAAAAGGAGAUUCAAGCAGUGGUCGCAUCUGGAAAACAUAUCAACCACUGUUGUGUUAAAAGUUAA